GGUUAACGGCGUGACAGCAGAGCUCGUUUUCGGAUUGGCACUUGUAAAGGGAGGCCCAUGUGGUGUGUUAAUGAGCGGGCCACAAACUUCAGCACUUUAGAAAGCUUUCACUUGAUAAUUUCGGCACCUGAAUGUUCGUGUAGCCCAUCUUUCUAAGAUGCUGUUAGAAGCGCUGGACGGCGAUGAAACGGUUUUCUUUACAGCGGCUGCCGCCUCUGUGCAGGUCCAGGUGGAGCCUGUGGGUCGAUGGUUCGAGGCCUUUGUGAAGAGGAGGAACAGGAGUGCAUCUUCCUCCUUCCAGGAGCUGGAGGAGGAAGAGGAGUCCUCAGAGGAGUCCGAGGAUGAGGAGUUUCAGCUGGAAGAGUACCCGAUGCUCCGAACACUUGACCCCAAAGACUGGAAGAAUCAAGAUCACUAUGCUGUCCUCGGGCUCACACACUUGAGGUACAAAGCCACACAGAAACAGAUCAAAGCUGCCCACAAAGCGAUUGUGUUGAAGCACCAUCCUGACAAAAGGAAAGCUGCAGGAGAGCAGAUUGUAGAAGGAGACAAUGACUACUUUACCUGUAUAACUAAAGCUAUAGAAAUCCUGUCGGACCCCGUGAAGAGGAGAGCCUUCGACAGUGUAGAUCCUACCUUUGACAACGCUGUGCCUUCAAAGAGCGAAGGCAAAGAAAACUUUUUUGAGGUGUUUGCUCCCGUUUUUGAGAGAAAUGCCAGAUGGUCUUCCAAAAAGCACGUGCCCAAACUCGGAACCAUGGAGUCCUCUUUUGAAGAAGUGGAUAAUUUUUACUCUUUUUGGUACAACUUUGAUUCGUGGAGGGAAUUCUCAUACUUGGAUGAAGAGGAAAAGGAAAAGGCUGAAUGUCGAGAUGAGAGGAGAUGGAUUGAAAAGCAGAAUCGAGCUUCCAGAGCUCAGAGGAAGAAGGAGGAGAUGAACAGAAUACGAACACUAGUUGAUACUGCCUACAGCUGCGACCCUAGAAUAAAGAAAUUCAAAGAAGAAGAAAAAGCCAGGAAGGAGUCUGAGAAGAAGGCUAAAGCUGAUGCCAAGAAGAGAGAGCAGGAGGAGAAGGAGCGAGCCCGGCAGGCGGAGCUGGAGGCGGCUCGUUUGGUGAAGGAGAAGGAGGAAGAGGAAGCCAAGCAGGCAGCCCAGCAGGCCAAGAAAGAGAAAGAGAUCCAGAAGAAGGCCAUCAAGAAGGAGAGGCAGAAACUCAGGACUACCUGCAAGAACUGGAAUUACUUUGCUGACACUGAAGCUGACAGUGUGAAAAUGAUGGAGGAAGUGGAGAAGCUCUGUGAUCGGCUGGAGCUGACAAGUCUGCAGUCCCUGAAUGAAAUCCUGGCCUCAGGCUCAAAAGAGGACAGUAAGGCAGCUGUGGAGAAGCAGGUGCAGGAGGUGAACACCCAGCUGCAGAGGGAGAGGGAGGCUGAGGUCCAGGCGAGGCAGGCGGCUCGCACUGCUGACCAGGCCAGCGGAGGAGGAGGAGCUGGGGGGAAGGGCUGGAAGGAGGAUGACCUCCAGCUGCUCAUCAAAGCUGUCAACCUGUUCCCUGCUGGAACCAAUGCCAGAUGGGAGGUUAUUGCCAACUAUAUGAACUUGCAUUCCACCAGUGGCAUGAAGAGGACAGCCAAAGACGUCAUCAACAAAGCCAAGAAUCUACAACGGCUAGAUCCACUACAGAAAGAUGAGAUCAACAGAAAAGCCUUUGAGAAGUUCAAGAAGGAACACACUUCAGUAGCGCCCUCCAUAGACAACGCUGUGCCCUCAGAGAGAUUUGAUGCCUCUGGUAGCGAUGGUAACGCUGCCGCCUGGACCACAGAGGAGCAGAAACUUCUGGAACAGGCCCUGAAGACCUACCCAGUCAGCACACCUGAGCGGUGGGAGAAGAUUGCUGCUGCCGUCCCAGGACGAAGCAAGAAAGACUGUAUGAAGAGGUACAAGGAACUGGUGGAGAUGGUUAAAGCCAAGAAAGCUGCACAGGAACAAGUGGCACCCAAGAGUAAAAAAUGACAAGAACCACAAAGAAUAGUAUCUGUGUUAUUUUAACAUUAUUGUGUUGGUCUUUAUUUUAUAAUAAAAAUUAAAGGAGGAAAAAGAUACUACAGACAAAGACUUAAA